AGUCCAUUUCUGUGGGCUGGAGUUCUGCGGGUAGAUUUUUAUUUAUUUGUUGGUGGAAAAUGAAUUGAAGCUGAAGGGCUUGAUUAGUUUGCUUUCAUUUCUUUGCCAUGAAGAAAAUCGGUUUGCUUAGUCGGUGUGGUUAUUUUUGAAGACUCGGCAGCGUUACCUGGUUUUCCUAUUUAUAUGAGAGAAAUGUUGUGGGAGAACCAGCUAAAAGUUUGGGACAGUGACACUGAAGUAUUUUGUUUGAUGGUGGAAUUUGAAUUUCCAUUAGCACUUUGUAUUUGAAGAUCAAUCUACGACUGAUAAGACCUCACAAACUACUUUAGUUUCGCGUAAUGGAUGGCACUUUUGGAUCAAUCUUCUAAUCCUGUUUCUCAACCCAUUGACUUCACCAGAAAGAGGAAGUCAAGAAGUAGAAAGGAUGCACCGAAAAAUGUAGCAGAAACAAUUGCAAAGUGGAAGGAAUACAACAAUAAAUUCAAUUCUCAGAAUGAUGAAAGUAAGGUAGCGCGUAAAGCUCCUGCCAAGGGAUCGAAGAAAGGAUGUAUGAAGGGUAAAGGAGGUCCUGAAAAUGCUCGUUGCAAUUACAGAGGCGUUCGACAGCGGACAUGGGGUAAGUGGGUUGCUGAAAUUAGAGAGCCGCACAGGGGUAGUAGGCUAUGGUUGGGUACAUUUAGCAAUGCGAUUGAAGCUGCUAUUGCUUAUGAUGAGGCUGCAAGAGCAAUGUAUGGCCCUUGUGCUCGGCUUAAUUUUCCCACUUGCCAUACGAUGAAUGAGUUGAAGAAAGAGUAUAGUUCUUUGCGAUCUACAUCAACAUCUGAUUCCACAACUUCUAGUGUCUCUGAUGUUUGUCUGGCAGACCGUACGGGGCCUCAGGCAGAUGCUCUGAAGAUGAAAGAUGAAGAUGCUGAGGGUGAAUCACGGACAAACAACAAUGGGCAUUCGCUGUUGGGAGAGGCUGGUCGUGCACUGAAUGCGGAAAUAAAGGAGGAACCUAUGGAGGAAAUAAGGAAAGAUCCCCCUCGAUGCUUGGAUAUUACUGAAAACCAUAGGUUCAAUACGAAGGAAGACCCUAUAUAUUUCAAUCGAAGUUUGGAGGCUGGGCAAAAUCCAUUAGACGGCUUGUCUUGGGAUGAAAUGUUUGAUGUGGAUGAGUUACUGACCACAUUAGACUCCACUAGAUACAAUUCCUCAGAGCCCAAGGGAUUGGAGUCGCAUGGUGGUCAAGCAGGGCAAUUCACUUAUGGCACUGUGCAAGCUUCAGAUUUGUCAAACCACUUGCAGAACUCUGAUGGAAAGUUGCUCAGUACUUCACCCCACAUGGAGCAGGCACCUUCUGCAGAUGAUUAUUGUUUUGAUUUCCUAAAACCGGGAAGACCAGAGGAUUUCAAUUUUACCUUGGAUGAUCUGUUACUUGAUUUGUAUUCAAACUUGGCACCAUAAGCUGUUAAAGACUCGAGCUGAUUGAGAAGUGGCGAUGAAUUUUCUUUCUUGGUAUGAUAUUCAAGUUGGAGUAGGAGUUAGCAUCUGGAUCAUCCAGAACGAGGAUCUCUUAGAAACAGGAGCAUUUUUUUAACGUUAUAGUUGGUGUCAAUGUAUUAACUUAAUUCGUUUUCUUGAUUUCACAUCAAGCUGAUUUUCUUCAAGUUUUUAGGUUAGGAGAGCCUGCUUCUAAAGUAGUCUUCAUCUUGUGCUGAUCACGAUACUUCGGUGUUCAUAGUAAGCUAGUAGCUGAAAAUCCCAACUUUUUUUCGAGGAGUUGUGCCUAUUUGUAAUUAAUUUUGUAUUUGUUACUUGGAA